AUGUUUGGAAUUCUGAGAGUGUCAGGAAUAGGGCUGCGCGUUACCCCGUUGGUCUCAUCACGUGGACUGGCAGCCACUGCCGUGGUUUCGCCCGGACCCGUCCGCAGGCGGAGGAAGACCACCCAUUUCACAGACGAGCUAAAUAAAGGGCCCAGUUUUGACGAUUUUGUGAGCGGAAAGGCGGCAGAUAUGUCUGUUGAUCCACUUGAGGCAGCUCGGCAAGAUCCGAAUGCUCGUUUGCCCGCCUGGCUAAAGGUGCCGAUUCCCAAGGGAAAGUCCUUUCAUGCUUUGAAAGAAGAUGUUCGUGAGCUCAAACUGGCAACCGUUUGUGAGGAAGCAAAGUGCCCAAAUAUUGGUGAGUGCUGGGGAGGAAAGAAAUCAGAGGCAACAGCAACCAUUAUGCUGUUGGGAGACACAUGUACCAGAGGAUGCCGUUUUUGCUCAGUGAAGACCUCGAGAACACCAGCAGCUCCAGACCCAAUGGAGCCUGAAAAUACCGCAGAAGCUAUUUCUAGAUGGGGUCUGGGUUAUGUGGUUCUUACAACCGUUGAUAGGGAUGAUUUGGCUGAUGGUGGAUCUCACCAUUUGUCGGCAACGGUUGAAAAGAUCAAGCAGAAGGCUCCUCGCAUCCUAGUCGAAUGUCUCAGUGGAGACUUCAGAGGAGACCUGGAGAUGGUGAAGGUUCUGGCUUCCUCUCCACUGGACGUUUAUGCUCACAACAUGGAGACUGUUGAAGAUUUGACUCCCCAUGUCAGAGACCGUCGUGCUAUGUACCGCCAAUCGUUAGCAGUUCUACAGACGGCCAAGGAGACCAACCCAGCGCUGGUGACGAAGACAUCGCUCAUGCUCGGAUUGGGUGAAACUGACGAGCAGGUUUUGCAGACUUUGAAGGAUUUGCGUGCGAUACAGUGUGAUGUGGUGACGUUUGGACAGUAUAUGAGACCUACCAAACGGCAUAUGAAGGUGGUGGAAUACGUGAAGCCCGAGAAGUUUGAGUACUGGAAGGAUGUGGCAUUGGAUCUGGGGUUCUUGUACUGUGCCAGUGGACCUUUGGUACGUUCGAGUUACAAGGCUGGAGAGGCUUUCAUUGAGAACGUGAUCAAAAAGAGGCGGAGAAACGUUGGUGUUCCCAAAGAGGUGGAGAUGAAGGAGGACAUGUUGAUGAACCAAUAA